AAUCGCACACACCUUCAAGAUGUCUUAUUUCUCAAUAGUCUUUUUAUUUCCCUUGCUCUUUGUACCGUCGUAUUAUGCAAUCAGAACAUCUCGUAUAAUCGGUGGUGAGAUAGCAAACGCUGGUCAGUUUCCAUUUAUCGCAGCCAUUUACAAAAAUACCAACGACGGGACCUACUUUUGUGGUGGUUCUCUUAUUAGCGACCAAUGGAUAUUAACAGCUGGUCAGUGCGUGGAGAAUGGCAUCUUGUUCAGUAUUCGUUUGGGCAUAACUAAUCUAAAUUCAAAUGAUGAAAGUUCACUUAGGUUAGCUACAGACUACUACGUCCUGCACCCAGAUUACAAUCCUGACACUCUAGAAAACGACGUUGGUCUUAUCAAACUCAGAAUGCCUAUUACUUAUUCAGAUUAUGUGAAACCGGUCGACUAUUUGCCAGUAGUGGAUCUCCAGGCCCAAAGUGGUGCUGUGGCUCUAGGAUGGGGUCAAAAUAAUGAUGAAACAGCAGGUCUAGUCGACGAUCUCCACUGGGUAGCUUUAGUUGUGCUAUCUAACGCAGAAUGUAAACUGGUAUAUGGAAAUCAAAUUACAGACAACAUGGCAUGUGGUGAAGGCAACUACAAUCAAGGAACUUGUCAAGGAGAUAGUGGAGGUCCUCUUGUGCAAGAUUCAGGUCGUGGAAUUAGAACACAAGUGGGGAUUGCGUCCUUCAUUAGCGGUAAUGGAUGUGAAAGUACCGACCCGUCUGGAUUUACGAAAAUAUAUCCCUAUACGUCAUGGAUUUAUAAUAUAACUGGAAUGUAAAGAUUUUCAAAAUAAAUGGUUUUAAAUUUUAUAA